UGGUUCAAGAAUACUUUGGACACCUUGUCUUAAAAGAGAUGUUCCAAGCUCCCAUUGUGCUUCGUGUGAGGAAAAGGCAGAAGCUGGUGGAAGACAAGGUUUCCAGGCCUGAAAAGGUGAAGUUUCAGGAUGUAAGACUGUAUCUGGUGGAGAGGAAAAUGGGAAACAGCAGGAGAAGCUUUCUGACCCAACUGGCCAGGUCAAAGGGCUUUAUUGUGGAGGACGUCCUCAGCGAUACGGUCACUCAUGUUGUGUCAGAGAACAGCCAGGCUUUGUCACUGUGGACAUGGCUGAAGGGCUGCGAUCUGAAGGAUCUACCCAGCGUGCACGUGUUGGACAUCAGCUGGUUCACUGACAGCAUGAGAGAGGGGAGACCUGUUGCUGUGGAGACCAGACAUCUUGUUCAGGACACCGUGCCCGCAUUUCCAGAAGGUUCUACACCCACUCCUGAGGUCAAAGUUUCCCGGUACGCCUGCCAGAGACGGACAAACACGGAAAACUACAACACGACUUUCACAGAUGCGUUUGAAGUCAUGGCACAGAGCUAUGAAUUCAGCGAGAUUGAAGGUUCAUGUCUGGCCUUCAGGAGAGCUGCUUCAGUGCUGAAGAGUCUGCCCAGUGUGGUGCGCUGUCUGGGGGAGGUUCAGGAUCUGCCCUGCCUCGGAGAACAUACUAUGGCGGUCAUAGAGGAUAUUCUUCAAUAUGGCCAUUCGUUUGAAGUGGAGAAAACACUGUCUGAUGAAAGGUAUCAAACACUGAAGCUGUUCACAAGUGUGUUUGGGGUUGGACCGAAGACGGCGGAGAGGUGGUACCGCAGAGGGCUGCGCUCAUUCGGCGGCAUUCUGACAGACCCCAGCAUCCAACUAAACCAGAUGCAACAAACUGGUUUUCUGCACUAUGAAGACAUCUCCAGGGCUGUCAGUAAGGCAGAGGCCCGAGCCCUUGGGAACAUUAUUGACGAAGCUGUCCAUGCGAUCACAUCGGACGCCAUAACGGCGCUGACAGGUGGCUUUCGAAGGGGGAAGGAGUUUGGUCAUGAUGUUGACAUCAUUGUGACCACACCAGAGCCGGGGAGGGAGAGGACUCUCUUACCAGACAUCGUCGACAGAUUCAAACAACAAGGCAUUUUGCUGUAUUGUGAUUACCAGGCCUCCACCUUUGAAUGGUCCAAGCUUCCCAGCCUCAAGUUUGAGGCUAUGGAUCAAUUUGCAAAGUGCUUCCUGAUCUUGAGGCUGAAGGCAAGCAAAGUGGAGGGAGGUCUCAACUGUGCAGAGGAAGACGACAGGGGCUGGAGGGCUGUGCGUGUGGACCUGGUGUCACCGCCUCUGGAUCGUUUCGCUUAUGCACUGCUGGGCUGGACCGGCUCCAGGCAGUUUGAGAGAGACCUGAGGAGUUUUGCUCGAUUAGAGCGGCGGAUGCUUUUGGACAACCACACCCUGUACGACAAAACUAAGAACAAGUUCCUGGCAGCUACGACUGAAAAGGACAUCUUUGCCCAUCUGGGUCUCGAGUACAUCGAGCCUUGGCAGAGAAAUGCGUAGGCUCUGCUCCUCCCUGACUGGAUGAUACACGCCGCGUACAUCAGUGUUUGUCCUGUCUGCUUGCUCUGCUGGGAUACGCUUUCAAACAGCUUUUUAAUUCCAUACAGUUAUGUCUUAUUGUUGCCUUUACAUUCGUUGUUGUCGUAUGGAUUACAUGCCGCUGUAUGAUUCAUAAUUCCUUAUUCACUAUUGUCUGUUUGCGAGUAAACACUCCUUCACCAUUCUCGUCUUGCCUGUCUGUGUAAGUGUUGUAAUCAUGGUCAGGGCACAAAGACAAAUCAGACAAGAGUAUGAAUCGUCUUGGGAGCCUGCGAGGUGCAGGAGAGAGAGGAAUAGCGUGCAAGAAACACAGAGGGAAGCAGAAGAGGGUGACCACGGACAGAGAGGAGGGAGAAGACAGGAAGCUAUGAGGAAAGUGGGGGGGAGGGGAGCUUUUGUAGAGCAAAAUGUUGUAAUCACCCUCCUCCUGGCAGGAAAGUGCUCGGCGUGAAGCUGAGCCAGGUCUCCGGGGAAUUGAGAGGCGGGUAAUGAGCUUCAGAUAGAGGAGCGUUUGGCGUCGCCAUUUAGCCUCCAUUUAAACCUACGUCCACUGGAGAUCAUUUAGCUGGCAUUCUGCUAUCCAAAGACCCAUAGCCUCCGCUCUUGUUCCACAAUGAGUCCCCUUCCCCAGAUGCUCGGCUGAAAUUAGAGGCACUCAGCUGCACCGGGAAAUUAGGAAGAAUUCAGACGGAAGGUAAAUGAGUCCACUAACCACACGGAUGGAUCUUGGCAUUCAAAGCGACUCUGGCUCCAGUGCAUAAAACAUCCAUUAUCUUAUUGCUUUGACUUUGGCUCAUGUUUUAUGUAUGAAGGUUGUUUAUCAGGAUUCGUGUCCUUAUUUUUCAAAAGUAUGGUGGCUCUGUAGGACAAAAGUCUACAACUGAAAAAACGUAACUGAUCCUUGUGGGCAAUUCGGGGAAGUCUGACAGUACAUCCACACCACCACAUUGUAGGUGUUAACGGAGAUGUUUGAAAAUGAUAACUCAGUCACCUGUAUUCCUAAUUGGUUCUUACUCGCCAUGACUUUACCAAUACAAUACCAAUACAUUAGACUUAUGCUGUUACCACAAGCUGUGAAUAUUGGUCUGUUCUCCUCUGGAAAAGAGGAGAGGUGGACUACUGGCUGAAGGGAAUACAAUUGCUGCAUGUACCUGUUGUGGAAAUGCUGGGGAAGCCAGCACUGUCCAGUGGACGUAGGUUUAAUUGGAGGAUAAAUGGCCAAACACUCCAUUAUCUUAGCUCAAUAUGCAAAUGUUGCAUCUAUUGUGUCACGCUGUUCGUGUUGUCCCGUGCUAGUGAUGCAAAAUGUGUGUCUCUUCGCGGCUUUGCAGUGACUUUGUAUGUCAUUUUAUUGCUUCUCGGUUGGUGUGAAUGCACCAUUACAGACAGGAAAUCCCUGCUCUCACUUUUUACAAUUGUUUUUUCUUGUUCGCAGUAUUUGCUGUCUCGAAGCAAUUAACUGCAAUGUAGACAAUCUGCUUCCUGUUCACACCAGCAUGCAUAUGAGCAGUGUAUGUGAAUGGUCAUGUGACAUUUGUUUAAAGGUGUGUCGAUUUGGACAGGGAUUGUUACUCAUAUGGAGCUAAAACAUUUUUGUGGACGGGGAUCGUUUUGGUUUUAAAACAAGAAAGUAUUGCUAUGGAUGUAGCCUGACUCAUGUCUCCAGUGAUGACACGGCCUGUCCUGAGGUCCACACACCCAACCCACUUUCCCAUCAGCCCCUGGUUUAUCCCAGGGUUCCUCAAUGAGAGCAGAGAUAGAUGAGAGCAAGCCAUUCUAGUGGAAUACCCUAUUUAAAGAUCUUUAAGUAGAACAGUCCAGCACUUUGAGGACUUGACCCAGGCCUCCUCCCUUUAUCCUCUCUUCUUUCCCCCUCUCGCUCUUUGUCCCUCUUUCUCUCCCGCCGUGCUGCUCUCUCAACCUUGCUGGCACAAAACAAUCUUUAAAGGUUCUGCGUUGCGGUGUUAACCAGAUGGAGCGGACUCUGGAACCCUUCUCUCCUGGGUUAUCCAGUGUUUUCACUCAACGGAGAUUAACUUUUUUUUUUUCGCCAAAAAAUAGGAGAUCUCUCCAGAGUAAAACAAAAUAAAG